GGUCGGUUUGGUGCGGUGCGGGAACUUCGGGAUCGGACCGGAUAAGGCUCGUCGGUUGGUCAGGUGUCCGUAAUGACUAUAUCCAAUGUUUUACGUAGCAAAAGAUAGUGAAUGAUUUAUUAAAAAUAACAAUUGCAAAAGAGUUGACAGAAUGAACAUGAAAGAAAAUAAAAGAGCUAACGAAAUAGAGAGAUAUCAAAAUAAAGAGAUAAUGAUAGAGCUAAUAACAUAGAGAUCGCAAAGAGACAAUGAUAGAGAUAAUAGUAUAGAGAUCGCAAAGAGAUACUGAUAGAGAUAACAAUAUGGCUGGUACUCGAAUUACCAGUUACGCGGCGGAGUACCUGUAACGGUCUUUUUACGCGGUUUAUAUCUAAUGCUAGAACUAUCUAUUUACAAGUUUUCGGCUAGACUAGUGAGUUAUGCGGGCUGCUUGCCCGUACGGUCGGGGAGUCGCGGGGCGCGGCGGGAUUGGAUGACGCGGUGGUUUGCGCGUAUGCACAAGUGCGGGUUGUUGCCGGCGCGGUCGCCGCCGCGAUUCGCCCGAGCACGCCCCGUGCAAGUGGGGCGCUUGAUCGACAGGUUGCUUGUGCCCUGCCGAUGACUAGGUUACGAGAUUCGUCGGUUCGACAGUAAAGGUAUUCGGGGACGACGGUGUUUGGUCGAGAAUGCUCGGCCGGUGAGAAUGACGAGAAUGCUCGUCGAGGAUCUCGGACGUGAUUGGUCGAGAAUGCUCGGCCGGUGAUAAGGACGAGAAUGCUCGUCGAGGGUAUUGGAGUUGACUGGUCGACUCGGCGUUCGUUGUUCGGAGGACGGAACGGUGGCGCACGGACGGUGGAGGGGCGUAUCGUUACAAAGUUAUAUGAUGUUUUCUGCUACAGAAGGUACACAUUUCAUAAAACAUUUCUCUUACAGAUAUUAGAAUACAACGUUCUAGGCGGAAAGCAAUUUAGAGCGUUGAUUUUAAUAUACGCUUACCAAUUAGUAACAAACAAAUUCACAAAGGAAAAUAUGCGGUUAGUACGCAUUGUAGCAUGGUGUAUGGAACUGACACAAGCUGCUGCCAUCAUGAUUGAUGAUUUACAAGAUCAAUCGUUAUUUCGGCGAGGUAAUCCAUGUUGGUACCGAUGCGACCAAAUUGAGCUGGCAGCUAUAACAGAUGCUCUAAAGUUAAAGCAUUCUAUAUUUUAUUUAAUUAAAAAACAUUGCAAAGGAAAAGAAUGCUACGUGGAUCUAAUGGAAACAUUUGAGGAAACUUCAUCAAAAACAGUAGAUGGUCAGAUAUUAGACCUGCAGCUAUCCACAAAUGUGAACAAGAAGCCAAAUUUGGAAUUAUUUACAAUGGACACAUAUAAUUGUAUUGUUAGAAACAAGACGUCCUAUUAUUCUGUCGUUCUGCCAAUAACAAUAGCAAUGCAUUUGGCUGGAAUAAAAGACCGAGAAAGUUUUAUGCAAGCAGAAUCAAUUUCAUUGGAAAUAGGACGUUUGUUUCAAAUUCAGGAUGACUUCUUGGAUUGCUUCGGAGACUCAGAAGUCAGUGGCAAAGACAGCACUGAUAUUCAGGAUGGAAAAUGCACAUGGUUUGUUGUCGAGGCUCUUCAACGCGCUACUCCGGAACAGCGUAAAAUUUUAGAAGAAUGUUACGGUUUUUCGGAUCCGGAGAAAGUGAAACGCGUAAAACAACUGUACACUGAUUUAAAUUUGCAAAAAAUUUACACGUUAUACGAAAACAAAGUAUAUAAUUUAAUAAAUAAACGUGUACAGCAGAUGUCAUGUGGGAUUCUACACGAGCUUUUUGUGAAUUUAUUAAAAGCAUUUUAUCACAGAAAAUCAUAAAAUAAUCAUAUAUUUGAAGAAAGAGAAAAAUGUAUCCAUAUUUUAUAUAUUAAAUAUACUUAUGCACGUUAACUUUUAA